AAACCCACCCCCCCCUCCGGCUCCAAACCGCUCCGCCGCCGUCUGCCUGUUUUGGUUGAGCCGGUCCGCGUCCCGCGUGUCCCGCGGCAGCCUCCCGAGGCCCUCCACCAAACCACGCUCCAAGAACGCAACAACAACAACACCGGCGACCAGCACCCCCCCCCCCCCCCCCCCAAGAGCAUCGCGACCAUGUCCACGUCGAGCUCUCCGUCGUCGGCAAACCCGCGAUCCCUCCGGUGAGCGGCAGCGGCGAGAGACCGGCGCGCGCGUGCCAUGGCGGCGCUGUGGCUCAGGCUGCUGCUCGCCGUCGGGCUCCCCGUCGCGGCGCUGGUCGCGGUCGCGUUCGUGGUGUACCGGCGGCGGAGGUUGCCCCGCAACGCGCCGCCGGAGCUGCCGGUCGAUGGCCCCGCGCCCGCCGCCGAGCCGGCGGCGAGCCCCGGGCUGACGAAGCUCAACAUGAGGUACAGCGCCGAGAGCGGCCGCGUGGGGCUCCGGUUCCAGCAGCUGCACCAGCACCAGCACCACGCCCGCGUCGACGUGCGGCACCGGGGCCCGGGCGGCGGCGCGCAGCAGGGCGCGUUCCAGUGGGCGGACCACCCGCGGCUGGUGACGGAGGCGGCGGAGAACGGGUGGGCGCAGUUCGUGUUCGCGGUCGCGCCGCCGCGGUCAAAGUCCGCCUCCUCGUCGCCACUCUGGGGCACCUGCCCGGUCUGCGACGCCGGGAUGACGAGCCGCGACAUGGCGGAGGCGGCCUGGGAGCUCCCCACGGGGUCGUCCGAGCGGAUGCAGGCCGUGCGCCUCAACCCGGCCGCCGCCGCCGCCUCCUCCGCCGCGUCCGGCAGGAAGUGGCUCCCCGGAAGCAUCCCGAGCCCGCUCCGCGGCGACACGGACGCGGGGAACAACCCCGGCGGUGCGCUCUGCCUCGCCAGGAUGAGCCUGCCGCUGCCGGGGCCGCCGCUCGCCGGCGCGCCGUUCCCGCAGGACGCCUACUUCGAGAUCACCAUCAUCUACCUGAACACGAAACGGCCCGAGUGGUCAGCGUCGAGGGCGAGCAGGCGUGGCCGGGACGGCACCGGCGAGAGCGACCGCGUCAAGCUCAUCAGGUUCGCACCGGACGCCAAGGACCCGGUCCAAGAAAGCAGAGCCGCCGCCAAGGACGAGCUACAGGACAAGCAGCGGCACCUCGUCAUGUCGCUGGGCCUCGCCGCCGCCGCCGGCGCGCCGCCGCGGCCGUCGCCGCCCGGGACGUACGCGUCGUCCAUCGGCUUCCACUCCGACGGCGCCGUCUACCUUGACGGGAUGAAGCUGGUGUACGAAUCGGACAAGUCCUCGUGGGCGGGGGUGGACAAGGUGGUCGGGUGCGGCUUCGAGCCGGCGAGGCGCAAGGUGUUCUUCACCGUGGACGGGCAGCUGGUGCACGCCGUGAGCUGCAACGCGGAGGCGUUCGCGAGCCCGCUGUACCCGGUGCUGGCCUCCAGCUUCGACGUGAUGGCGCUGGUCAACCUCGGGCAGGGCAAGUUCCGGUACGCGCCGGCCAACGCGCGGCGCACGGCGAACCCGUGCUUCGUGCGCGCCGCGUCCGCGGUGGACGCCCGCGGCGGCGGCGGGAGCGGCUCCAUGGGGCUCGACUUCGACGACAGCGGCGAGCUCUUCUCCAUGGGCCGCGUGGACUCCGGGUGGAUGGAGGCGAUCCGGGUGAGCAAGAGCAGGAAGGACAGCGUCGCCGGCUCCGUCGCGGCGUCGGUCGGCGAUCCGGAAGGCGAGUCGGACCUGUUCGAGAUCCCGCUGCGAGACUGAUGAACGGCGACGGCCGCCGGCGACCGACAGGUGGCCCAUUUGUCAAACAGGAGUUAGUUGUAGUUAAUGGCGAAUGGUCAGGGUGAUACUGACAGAUGCUUAGCAGCUUAGGAGUUAGGACACUGCAGGAUAAUUUGGCUGUUGUUGUAUUAUCAUCUAGCUGCUGUUACCUAGAUGUGAAAAAAAAGUGUUACAAGUAGGUUAAAAGGAUUGAAAGUUUGUCUUAUGUAACGAGCUUUUGAUUCGUUACUUCCUUCUUUGAUUCCCUUUUGUGCCUUUUUUUAAAUAUUUUUUUGGCUUUUACUAUAUUGGAUGUAAAGAUGAUAGAGUGGAGAUAGAUUCUGAGACUAGAAUUUUAAAA